CACGUAACACGAUCUAUACUCUAUGCAUCGUUAGCAUCGGUGCAUCCGUAAUAUAUAAUAUAUUCGGAGUUAUCACUCUUACUUUUCUCACACUUACCGAAUACUAAGUUUUGACUUUUACUAAAAAUACAGUACCUAAGACGAGAUUUAUCGUGAUAAAACAUUACCUCUUUAUUAUCAAACUCCAUCGAUAAUGAUCGGAACUUGGCUGUCAAUAACACGGGUCAAUAAUUCAUGAGGGCCGGGAACUCGGGAUGUCACGAUGUGUUCAGGAUCGGGAAAGCUACGGGGCUUUAAUUAUCGCAUUGCAGUGGAUUCCAAAUGUUUCGAGUAGUUGCGCAUAUCGGAGCACUUACCCAAUUGUAUAUCUCUCGCUGCGGAUAGAUCGUUAAAAACAAAUUUGCAUCAUAACGAUAGUCCUUAAGUAUUUCCAACAGGUUUCCUAUUAAAAAUGUUUAUUUAAAUAUGUACAAAAAAAAUCGUAUGAUACAGUAAUCGUAUAGUCGUACCAUAUCCAUUUGUCCCAAUUAACUAAAGGAUAAUAGGGAAUAACACAGAUUAAAACAGGAAAAUGACUUUUAGAGGUAUAAAAUAUCAUGGGUAGUCAUAUCUAUCAUUUUCCAUUGAGUAAUGGGUUGUCUGAUUGGUAUUAGAUGGCACCAAUAGCAGUUGUAUUGAUUUUUCUGUUUCUGGGGAUACAUGUUGGAAUUACAAAAGUGAAAUAUUAUUUCAAUUAAGAUGUCUAUGUCAAGUGCAGCCUUAAAUAAAAUGCUAAAGGAGAUAGCCCCUCUAGUAAUAAUGAACAAGGAGUCAAAGAAAAUGAUUAACAUAUGCUGCACAGAAUUUGUUAGUGAAAUAACUACUGAGGCUCAAGCAGUGUGCACUAUAAGUAAAAAGAAAAUUGUUAAUGGUAACCAUGUUCUCAAAGCAUUGGCUAAACUUGGAUUCAAAACAUACAAAUUAAAAGCAGAAGCGGCCUGUACAGAUUCUAAGGCUACUAAAAAAAGGAAACUUUCCCCACGACUUGAGGAUCUGGGCAUUCCAGAAGAAGAAUUGCUUAAAACGCAGCAAGAACUAUUUGCAAAAGCUAAGGAGGAACAAGCAAAACUUGAACAGGAGCAGUUGUUGAUGCCGCAACAAGGUUUUAGUAGUGCAGUGGAUGUGCAGCAACCAUAUUGUGGGAUGUCUAAGGAAUCACAGUAUGAACACAUUUAAAAUGACCUCUACAUUAUAUUUGGUGUUCGAUUAGAAACUGUGUUUUAUAACUAAUCUUAUUUAUUAUCUGUAACUGUGUUAGCUAUGUGUACUGUGUGGGGCCAAUUCAAUUAUACGGAAUUUAUAAACACUUUUCAAUUAAGCUCUAAAAAUUAGUGUUUACCAAUAUUAUAAAGAGAAAAUAUAUUUUGUUAACGCACCUUAAUCUCUGGGAACCGCUAUAACAAAUAAUUUUGGCACAUUAAUAUAUUAUUUUGUGGAUUAGUCCUUUACAAGCGUCUUCGCCCCAUUUUAUGUUUAUGAUCUUAUAUAAUAAAGUCUAAGCAAAA